UGUGUUGAUAUCCCGAAAGGUUUGACAAGGAGUCACUUGUUUAAGGCCGAAGCGCGCUGUUCUGUCUUGGCGAAUCUCUCCUUGUUCCUUCGCUUGUCAGUGUGACCGUAAGUUCUGUAACGCAUGUGGGUGAUUUGGUGAUAUGAAUGACUGUGCGACCAAUCAACGAGAAGAUGUGUGAAAUUAUAUACAUAUUUUUUAACAUGUUAAAAAGGUAAAGCGAAAGCGGUCCAAGUUGGGAAUGUGAUGCAAUUCAGUGAAUGUGUUUUUGGUUAUUGUCAAGAUAUAGAAAACUGACACUGAGAAAUAUGGUCCGAAGUGGUUUAUGAUUGACGGUGAAGAUGGCGCUGACCAGACUAAGCACGGGGAUCCAGCAAGAGGAUCACAAUACCUUUAGAUUAUACAAAGCCCAUCGGGGGCCGGCGCGAUGCGUUAUGCUCACCAUCCUCAACUGGGGGUGCCAGAAGGCUCCAGAAGUAACGUACGAGGAUUAUCUGCUCCAGAAUCUCGGCUUCUCCAGCAAGAAAUACAAGACCAUUUUCGACGGCGCACAGAGGGAGAAGCUCAAAUGCCACAGCCGCGGCGACGAGUUCGAUAUCAGCCUCUUGUACAAGCUCAUCCAGAAUACUUGCGCCGGCGUCGCGCCAGCCUCCGAUAGCGUCUGGACGUCUGAAGACUUUUCACGCCUCGAGUUCCUUGUGAAUUACAUAAAAAAUUCCCGUAACAACUUGGCCCACAACGACCACGAAAUCAGCAACUCCGAGAUAGUUAGAAGAUUGGAGAAACUGAGAGACGUUCUGGUCACCACUCUAAAGGCUGGCAGGGACUUGUACUGUGUCCAGCAGUCGGAAGUGGACGCCCUGAUCAAGCAGGUCAGCGACGCGAUCACAGCUAUCAGAGAGCAUCCGUUUGCUCAGACGGACGUCCUCCAGUACCAAAACGAUUUGCUCUUUGAGGACCUCAGGGAAAUCAUGUCAACCGACGGAGCAAAGGAAGUUGCAAAAAUCUUCAGCAGGAAUAAUCUUCUAAACUUGAAUCCAGUUUCCUUCAUCAGCGGAGGCGACUGUCAUCUGAAAGUCGACAGAGUGUUCAUCGACAUACAAAUAUAUUCAGUCGAGUCCGGAGAGCGAAAAGCUAUAGACUACAGAGACAUAUUGGUGUACAGUCAUGAAACAAAUAAUUACCCAGAUGACCAUAGCAUUAAUUCUAGUCAACAGAGCAUACAGGCAAAACGUGUAAUACACCUUGUGGAAGGUGAUCCAGGCUCCGGAAAGACUACUCUGUUGAAGUUCAUAAUGUCAGACUGGAAGAAACAGACAAAUAUAAUUAAGGAAUUGUCAGAUUAUCAUCUCGUGUUAUACUUCGAGUGCCUCAAUCCUUACAAAGACUCUCUGGCCGAUUUCCUGGUUUCUCAGAUGCCCUUAACCUCGACUCGAUUUCACAAGUCAGACCUGGUUCGGUGUUUGCUGGGCCUCAAAGUCCUCCUGCUGAUCGACGGUUUAGACGAACUGAACAGCGCAUCCAAACGAUUUUUUAAAGAAAUCAUCCAUGUAAAAAGAAAUUCAGAUAUAUCAGUGAUUUGUACGACUCGAUCAGAAAAGCUUAAAGAAAUAUCCGGAAUGAUUUCGAGUGAUUUAACAAUAAAUUACUUCAAGUUGCUUGGCAUCCCCAGCAACAAAAGAGGGAAAUUCGUACAACAAUACCACGAGGAGCUUAAGCGGCGAGGGAUGAGUGCAGGGAAUACGGACAGCAUUGUACAAUAUGUUGAAAACGCUCCACAGCAAUUGAAUGAUUUUUUCGUCUAUCCACUGAACCUCGUACUGUUUACGUACCUAUGGGCAACUAGACCCGAAUCUGUCAACGCUGUCACGAGUGUAACGGUGCUGUACGCCGAAGUACAUUCUCUGAUAGUGGAGAAACUACACAGGAGGCUGCUAGAUGACCCGGACAUUGACUACAUCCCGAGUGAAGAAAUCAAAGGCAGAUGCGAGCAAUUUCUCGAUGUCCUGUACCAAUUCUCUUUCGCUACCUUGAGUUGUAAUAUGCUAUAUCUGGACCAAGAGCAUGUGAAUAGGCUGCUGGAGGUAUGUAGCGAAACUGGGCUUGCUGCUAAGCAUAUGAUGUCCUCUUUUCUGGUGGUUGAACUAACGUCGUCGGGGGAACAGUAUGUGGAAAGGCACAGAUUUCCUCAUAAAGGCAUACAAGAAUUUUAUGGAGCUCAACACAUUCUGUCGAUCAUUAGCAACGAGAAUUUGGCGAAGAACAGAGCACAAGUUUUGGAGGCUCUAGAGAAAUGUCUUAGCAAAUUUCACAUUUCAUCUUAUGAAAAACAAGAAAUCGCAUCGUGGGCCUCGGAACUGAGUGAGCGGAAAAGAAUAAGCACACUGCUUGGGAAAACUUGCCCGGUCAGGUUCCAGGAGAAAGGGAAGUACACCAACCUCCUGCAGCACCUAGUCGGCCUCUUGCGCUACCAGACUUCCUACUUGCUUCUCCAUUAUGUUGAGGAGAUCGUUGGGCUCUUAAACGACUCCGGAGACUUAUUUUUCGAUCAAUGGGCCGAUCUUCUUAAGAAAACUGAUUACGACGCUCUAGUGGCAAAGGAAGUGGCCAGAUUCGUGUGUCAGAUUUCAUGGAUAGUUCGCGACGACCAGGAACGGGCAGCGGCCACUCUCAUCGCUCACAGGUGCCCGCGAGUGCUCUCCAUUGAGCUCUUCAAGGAACCGAAGGACCUGCCCCACCUGGCCGAUCUCCUGGGCUCCGCUUUCGCCCAAGGCUGCGAGAUUCGCUUGCACCUGCACAGCCACUGGCGGGAGCCAAAGAGCGGGUCCUCGGAUGGGAUUCUGCGAGCAUUACAACGGUCUUCGUUGAAUGAGACACAAGAAUGGGAAUAUUACCUUGAACACACCUGGAAGAAGAGCCUCACCCAAUUCACGGGGCGCGCCACGAGCCCUGCGGUUCUGGCGAGUCUCGUGGGCACCAUCGAGGAGCUCCGCGUGGCCGUGCGGACGGACGACGAGGCCCUGGACUGGAGCGUCUGCAUCAGCGCCUGUGACGUGUUCGUUCGCCUGAAGUGGAUCGGUGGGACACAGAAAUCCCAGACCCCAAUACCAGAAAAAAUGGCAACCCCACAAACAGAACCACCCACAGAACAGGAGGGAAAUGCCUCAAGAACAAACAAGGAGACAGAACAGGGACUUCUCCUAUCACAGAAAUCACCCGAACCAGUAUUACCAGGGUCAAAACCCACACUGGAUGAGCCAACCACAGCCAUGGAAGCCACCUCAAAGACAGGGAAGAUAUCCCCAAAGAGGAAAUUACCACUGGGCCCAAGGGCAAGCAGGAGGGUACGGCAGAUGGGGUUGGAAUUAAUAGUGACAGAAGUGCCUCUGACCAGAACCCAGCUCUCUGUACUAAGCAAAGGAAGAUCUUUUGUUCCUGGGCCUCCCCCAAAAAAGCCCUGUUGGAGAACCUAG